GCGCUGUGGUGGUUCCCUGCGCCCGGUAGAGGUAGUGCGCGUGGGGCCGCUGCCGUUGCCGUUGCUGGCGCUGCGGCCGCCGGUGGGUUUGUGCGUGUAGUCCCGGGGGGAUGUCGGGCCGCCCGCCGCGGCAGGAGGAGGGGGAGAGCGCGAAGCUGCGCCACAAGGAGGAGCUGAGCCGGAGGAUUAAAGAGCAGAAGGUUGUAGUUGAUGAGCUUUCUAAUUUGAAGAAGAACCGUAAAGUUUAUAGGCAGCAACCUAAUAGCAACAUAUUCUUCCUUGUAGACCGAACAGAAACGUUAUCUCAAUGCAAAAAUACAUUAGAUGAAUUAAAGAAGGCACAUCAGGAGAUGGAAAAUUCAGAAAAGACUAAAAUCAAGAAAUAGUCCAUCUGAAUUCAAAGUCACAAUGUGUGGUAUUUGUUGCAUUGUUACCUUGUGUAGCCAGCAUGCUA